AGCGGCAGACAGGACUCUGGUCCCGGACUGUAGUCCCCUGGUCCCGGACUGGAUUAACCAGGACAAACCCCAACCCGGACAUGGACCAGGACCCGGUCCAGAGCGGGGAUUCCCUGCAGGUCCUAGUGGAGAAGUUCCGACCCAGCAGCGAGGCGGAGUCUGUGUGGCUGAAGAACAUCUUUACCCACGUUUCUCUACACCUGAACUCUGUCAGCUGUGGCCCCGGCCCCUCUACUGUUGACGGCUCAUUGACAGGUGCUGGUGGUGAACACAGUGUGUAUCAGCUCAGUGUCACCCUGGUUGAGAAGAUCCAGGAGAAAAUGAGCAUCUCUCCCAGCUUACCUGUCAGCUACAGGUUACUGACUGUCUCAGAGCUCGUCUCCCAGCAACACCUGGCCUGUGUCAGCAACCUGUCCUGGAGCACCAAUCAGCAGCGAGCGUGGAGCAAGGAGGCGGAGCUCUCUCUGCCGGGGCAGCGGGCCCUGCAGCGGGUCAACCUGCUGCUGAUUGGCUGUCUGAAAGAGGGGGAGGCUGGGGAGUGGAGGCUGACUGAUGGCAGCGGCAGUGUCAGGUGUGAGCUCUUGUCUCCAUCUCCUCUUUGGCUCAACCGUCCCAUCUUCCUUCCUCACUGGAACUACGUCCCCCAUGAUGCCCCAGGGCCCAACAGAGAUGGAGGACACGUGGAGCUGGUUGGACCUCCUAUUUUCCUGUGUCCUGCUGCCAACCAGCGAUUGGCUGUAGGUGAGGAAGGAGGCGCGGAGCUUAGCAGAGCAGUGGGUGUCAGAGAAGCUGAAGGUUUCCUGCAGAAUAGGGUAAGAGGGCGGCGAGUGUCGGUGUACGGAGAGGUGGCUUCAGUCUGCCCUCCACUGGUCGUAGGAGGAACCUCCUUCUUCUGCUUCAGCUUGACGGACCAGUCAACCUCACUUCCUGUCCUAGCGAAAGAUUCUGGUUUGUGGUGGUCUCGGUGUGUGUGUGUGGGACAGAGUGUGUGUGUGACGUCUCUCAGAGUGUGCGUCCUGCGAGGCUGGAGAGGAAAAAACAUCCUGUGUGUGACUGAGAGGUCUCAGAUACACACCGACUACACGCACACACACACACGUGACGAUGCACACUCUCCUGUCCAUGACACACCGUCACAGCAGGACACGCCCAUUCCAAAGGUGAUACAACCUGAUGACUGUACGGAGGUGGGGCCUGAGGAGGACCAAUCAGGAGUGAGGAUGAAGCGGUCCAAAGUCAUCAGUUACCAGGGCAUGGUUACUGAGGUGGUGAGUGAGGGGGCGGGGCUGUAUGUGAUUGACAGGAAGGUGGGUCUGUGUCUGGCCUAUCAGCCGUCAGCCAGGAGGAAGCUGAGAGCAGGAGACCAGGUGGAGCUGCAUCAUAUCCACUUCCUGUAUCAGCCCUGUCCUGACUUCCCUCCCAGCAUGCUUUGCAGCUGCCUCCACUCCACUGUCAGGGUGACCUCCUUCAGCAGAGUAGGAGGCUCUGCUUCAGCCCCCCAUUGUCCUGGGGAUGGAGUGUUGCCACGGUUACUGCUGCAGAACAACACAGGCGUGUCUGAGUACUUGUGGACAUGUCACCUGUCUUCACAGCUGUCCCAGAGUCUGGUCCCAGGUGUCCUGAAGCAGCAGUGUGUGUGUCUCCUGUCCUGGAAACUGAUGGAGACGCUGUGGAGACGAAAAGGACGAGGACAAAGACAAAGAGACAUCUACUCAGAGAUGCUGGAUGAGCCCCACACCUGUCCUCUAACCCGGUACAGUGUGGACUCUGCGGUCCACCAGAGCCUCAGCGUGUCAGACCUCCUUCAGUCCCUCCGGUCCACCUGCUGGUCGUCUCUGUGUCUGAGGUCUGUGUUGGGUCCUGACGGUUCUGGUCUGUCCAUGUCUGAGAUCAGCCUGGCUCUGUCCUGGUCCUGCAGGACUCUGUCCUCUGACCCUCAGAGAGGAGACAGUCUCAGGCCCCGCCCCCUGUUCCUGGUGGGCGUGCUGGAACUUCCCACUCAGACAUCUGACUUCAAACAGAGUCUGCAGCUCAGAGAUGCCACAGGAGGCGUGGCCUGUGUCGUCACGGAGACCGGCCGGGAGGACGAGGGAUGUCAGACGGCCUCCUUAAACACGGCCUGGAUCGGAUGUCUGGUGUGUGUCCUCCGGUUCACCAUGGUAACAGAGAGGUUCCUCCAGUCAGAGUUCCCGUCCUACCAACACCUGGACCAGGACCAGUUCAUCACACACAGACGCUGCAGAGUUUACCUGCAGUUCUCCCUGGACCACGUCCACAUCCUCAGCCCCUCUGUCACCAUGGAAACACACCUGAGGGAGGACCCAGGAGCUGAAGAAGAAGAAGAGAGAGUGGGGAGGAAGAGAAGAAGAGCCGAUGCUAACCCCCCCAUCUCCUCUCCCUCCUCUGUUGCCGUGACAACAGCCCCCUUGGACAGAGCCCUCGUGUCCUGCGUCUCCUUGGUGAUCAGGGUAGAGCAGAAGGAGGGCGUGGCCCGGAAGAACACCGGGGUGGGGAAACUGAUGGAGGGGGCGGAACUCGCGCUGUGUUUCUCACUCAGAGCCGCUGUGAUUGGUCCGGUGGUCUGCUGGGGGCGGGACCCAAAGAACAGACCAAUGACAGACGGGGAGGUGGAUCAAGAGAGCCAGCAGAAGGUGUUGCUGGUUCUCUCAGGCGCUUGUGCUCGAUGGUUUCCUGUCCUUCAACCUGGAUGUUUCUACAGAGUCGUCGCCUUCAACAAUCUGCUUAGGCGGGCGGCCAGCUCUAGGGAGAUUCCUGGUGGUUCCAAACUUCUUCCAUUUAAGGAUGAUGCAGGCCACAGUGCUCACUGGGACCUUCAGAGCAGCAGCGAUUUUUCUCUACCGGAGCAGCUACCGGAGCAGCUACCGGAGCAGCUACCGGAGCAGCUACCGGAGCAGCCUCUAGCUGCCGACUACCAAACCUACUUAAACCAGCUGGAUCCACAUUUGAACUGGACCUCUCCAAACCCGACUCCGUUGGAGGCUCAUCAUCACAGCUGGACCAUCAAAUUCUGUUGGAGCGUCUUUGAUUACAACGGUCGCUAUGGCAACGUUCCGAUCAGCUUCUGCGGUGCCAGCCUACGUCAGGAUCUCAGUGAUCUGAUUGGCUGUGGGGUUUCUGGGCGGAGCGGAGUGGAGCUCCACACUGACUCCACCGUCCAGGUCAAACCUGAUUGGAGGUUCCACACUCUGACACGCCCCCUACUGCAUCCCACUUGCCCUCAGGGUGUCUCACCUGUGGUCCUGUCUGUCUCUGAGGUUCUGGACUGCAGAUCAGAGCUGGUCAGUUUUCAGGGUCUGGUGUCGGAGAGGGUCCCCAUCACAGACAGGGGCUCACACCCAGGUGUGCGUCUUACCAUGUGUGACCAAACUGGGAAGAGUCUUCAGGUUUACCUGAACCUAAGACACACCCCCUGCCUCCCAGGCCUGUUGCCUGGCAACACCCUUCUGCUGUCUGGUUUCCAGAGGAGGUUGUCUAGGUCAGGGGGGGUGUACUGCUCCUACUUACCCGUCAGCUGCAUCACUGUGAUGUCACUGGGAGACCUGAGCUCUGCCCCACCUCCACCAGCUCCCAUCAUGCACCUGGGCCAGGAGGCGCUGGGCAGUGAACACAAGUGCAUGCUGGGUAAGGUCAGAGGUCAUGUGGUGUGUUUCCUGUUCCUGCAGCUGCAGUGGAGCUGCGCAACCUGUGGAAGCCUCUACACACAGGUCUGCAGUUCUCGGUGUGGAUCCUCCUCAGCUAUUUUUCAGUCCAAAUUAAAGCUGGUGGUUGACGACGGCACAGGCGAGGCCCACGUUUUGUUUACAGGUGCUCUGGUUCGUUCUGUGCUGGGAUUGGCUGACUCCCAGUGGGAGGGGCUACAGAGAGCGCUUCGACCCAAAGGUGUCAUCAGAGUCUUUCCUCGGGGGCGGAGCCUGGUGUGUGACGGUGACUCUGACGACCCGCUCCUCCAGUUCCUGCUGUGUGUGUGCAGCAAUGAUGUUGUGUGUCGUCCCAUCUCCUUCACCUGCAGGAAACGGACCAAUCAGAGAUCAGAGGAGGUGAGGCGUUUCAGUCGAGGAGACAGAGACUUCCUGACCAGACUGACUCGUCCUCUGCAGCUCACCUGUGUUCACCUGAACUCUGACCUCACCUGCUCAUGACUCACUGUGAUCAAUAAAUGCUGUUACCGAUUCAAUUCAAUUUUAUUCAUAUAGCGUCUAUUACAACAGAAGUUGUCUCUAGAAUCUUUCCAGAGACCAGAACAUAAACCCCCGAGCAAUUAUUACAUAAACACUGGCAGGUAAAAACUCCCCUAGUGGGAGAAAAACCUUAAGCCAAACAGUGGCAAGAAAAACUCCCGUUUAGGAGGGAAGAAACCUGGACCAGGACCUGGAUCAUAAGGGGGGAAACUCCUGUU